AUGUCUCUGCUGAGCUGCUCGCGCCGCCACCGCUCGCUGCUCUGGUACCGAAGCGCCCAGCGCGCGGUGGCUCGUCGCCACCACCAGCACCAGCACCGCCAGCUCCAGCAGCAACAGCAGAGCCGCCUUAAGCGCGCCUCCUCCACGCCCAGCAGGAUGCUCGUCACGCCCACCACCUCCAGCGCCGUCGUGGCGCUCGCCAAGCAGGCCAGGGCCACGCAGUCGCUGGCCAAGACGACGGCCAUCCACUCGGCCAGCGCCGCGCCCGACUCCUCGUCGUCCAUGGGCGCGGUAGCUGCCGCCACGCCCACAACUGGCGCGUUGAUGGCCGCCACCACGCCGAAGGACCCAGUUACGAGCUCCCUGCCGCUAAAGGACGCUCCAAACCGAUCGGACAAGCCGCAGCCGCCCGAGUCGUCGUGGAGCGCAAUGCUUAUCGCGCUGUUUGCCAUGAUCCAGCCCGAAUGGACCAAGGAGAAGAUCGACUUCGACGAGAUGCCCCUCGAAGAGAUCCCGAUCACGUCCGUGCCGCCGCAGGUCUCAGAAGUGCUCCCCAGCAAUGACGCCGCCCUAUUUUGGCGCUACGACAUGGACAGCUACGCAGCCAACUGCAAGAACGAAGACAGAUCCCAGUACGUCGUGGACUCCAUCAUGCGACCAGGCAGAAGCUCCGAGACGCCCGUGUUCUUUUGCGGGUGCUAUGACGGCCACGGCGGUGAAGAGGCGGUCGAUUUUGUCCAGAAGAAGCUUUACGCCAACAUCCGCAGCCAUCUGACGGAGAACGACGAACCAGUGGCUCACUCCAUCAUCACAGGCUUCAAGGAUACAGAGGAAGAGUUCAAGCGCCGCAGCCAGAUCAAGUUCGAGCGCGGAUCGUGGUCGUCCUGCUCUGUGGGUGCCUGCGCGGUGAUGGCUCUUGUGAUCGAGAAGAAGCUGUACGUUGCGAGCUGCGGCGACUGUCGUGCCAUCAUGGCGUAUCGCGAGGCGGACGGAUCCCUCAGCGUGGAGCAGAUAACGUUCGAUCAUUCCGCGAACGAGGAGCGCGAGCAGCGGCGCCUGCGCGUGCUGUAUCCUGAGGACUACGACAUCGUGUGCGAGAUCGGACAGAAAAACUUCUACGUCAAGGGCCGGCUUCAGCCCACUCGGUCCAUUGGCGACACUUACAUGAAGGUGAAGGAUGUGAACCGCUCCCCAAUGCCGCGUGGUCUUCGCAUCCGCGGCAGUUUCCGCCGGCCUUACAUCUCUGCCGUUCCGGACAUUUUCCAGGUCGACCUAAGAGACCGCAAGCCGGAGUUCGUUGUGCUCGGGUCGGAUGGACUAUUCGGGGAGCUGAAGAACGAAGAGAUCGUGCAGCUCGUGGGGCGCUUCCGUGACGAAGGGGUGCAGAACGUGAGCCAGGCUCUGCGUGAGGCCGUGCUGGAGCGCAUCGCCGAGAUUUACGGCACGACCGCGGCAGACCUGGAGAACGUCUUGCCUGGAAACCGGAGGGACUACCACGACGACAUCACGAUCGACGUGCUGCACUUCACCCCGCCGCGCGCCGCCGCUCAAGCGGAGGCGGCCUAAACGUGGUGGACGGACGAAGCUGAUGGAUGUUGGAUGUCCGAGUGUCGUUGCGUGCGUGGGCUACGCCGACGCAGCGUGCGAGCCCGCCGCCGUCCCAUGUAUUUAUUGAUACGAGCCCACAAAGCUACCUAGUGAACGCUAAGCAAUACGAUAGUAAGUGUACUUUAUCGCCCC